AUGGGUUUGGGGUGGGAUGGAGAGAAAAUUAAAUGGGAAAAUGGUGGUAGGCGCGGCCUCUUCACGGGAAAACCGACGGCCGCCGCGCUGGGGCCCUGGGGUUGGGAAAAGCGGGACCUGGGCUUCAGACAAGCGAGGGCAGGGCAUUGGGGGACGGUGAUUGGCUGUGGGGGCCUAUGGAAAUGGACUUGUGCGCGCGAAAAUGGCUUUUUUUUUUUCCUGGCGUGUCUUUUUCCCUCUGGUAGUCCCCGGUCUUGGUGGAUCUCGAGCCAGCCCUUGCGACCAGCCCUCCUUCGUCUGCAACCACUUCUUGUUAUCCACCAUUGCGUCGACAGUUCGCAGAGGCCCAGCCCACCAAACGGAAAUCUUGACUCAGCAAGCCGAGUGAAAACCUCAAACGUCGCCAAAAUGGUCAAGAAGAGAAAGAACAACGGACGCAACAAGAAGGGCCGCGGCCACGUCAAGCCCAUCCGCUGCAGCAACUGCUCGCGAUGCACGCCCAAGGACAAGGCCAUCAAGCGCUUCACCAUCCGCAACAUGGUCGAGUCUGCUGCUAUCCGUGAUAUCUCGGACGCCUCCGUCUUCGCGGAGUACACCGUACCCAAGAUGUACCUGAAGCUGCAGUACUGUGUCUCUUGCGCCAUCCACGGCAAGAUUGUCCGUGUCCGUUCCGUCGUCGGCCGCCGCAACCGUGCUCCCCCUCCCCGCGUCCGCUACAACAAGGACGGCAAGAAGAUCGUCCCCACCGUCGCCAAGACCGCUUAA